AUGAAAGAAAUAGAGACUGACGAUUCAAGCUAUGAAGCUUCUGAGGAUGAGGAUGACAGUGACUCAGACCUAGAAGAUAAUCCCCUUGAUGAUGGUGAUUCGGAUCUCAACUCAUGGCACUCGGAGGACUUAGGCCAGGAAUUGGAGUCUGAUGAGGAAUCACCAACUAUAUAUCCUCAGUAUAAUGACAAGGCAAAGUUCGGGGACCUCAAAUUUGAGGUUAGUAUGAUGUUCAAAUCAAAGAAACAUUUUAUGCAUGCAACUAGGGACUACACAAUCCAGUUAGGUAGAAACAUAUUGUUUACAAAGAAUGAGAAUGUUCGGGUUAGGGCUGUGUGUAAGGCUGAGGGUUGUCCUUGGGUAGUAUACUGUGCACGUAGUAAGCAAGACGAGUCCUGGCAGAUUAAAACCUUAGUUCACAACCAUAUCUGUCCUAGAAGGCGAAAAAAUAGGACAGCUACCCAACAAUGGAUACAAAGCAAACUUGUACCAAAACUUAGGAAGCACCCUACAAUGAGACAUCGAGAAGUGUAUGAGUGGUUUGUGAAGAGAUGUAAUGUAAACCUCAACAGCACCUGUAUCACUAGAGCAUUGAAAGCUGCUAGGAAAGUGGUAGAGGGGGAUGAAGUUGCCCAAUAUGGGUUAAUCUGGGACUAUGCUAAUGAAUUGCUUACAAGUAAUUCCGGGUCUACAGUUCAAGUAGGUGUAAUCCCGAUGCCAGAGGGUCCUCCUCAAUUUGAGAGGUUUUAUGUGUGUCUUGAUGCCUGUAAAAAAGGUUUUAAGGUUGGGUGUAGACCGAUGAUUGGUUUGGAUGGGACUUUUCUUAAGACCCUGCACGGUGGACAAAUAUUGACUGCGUGUGCUCAGGAUGCCAAUAAUCACAUCUUUGUCUCAGACCUUGGCAACUACAAUGAUAACAAGUUAUGCAUCAUUUCAGACAUGCAGAAGGACUUAGCAGUGAAGGAAGUCAUGCCCAUGGCCCAGCACAGAUUCUGUGUGUGGCAUAUGUGGUGGAAUUUUUCAAAACAAUGGGGUAGCACAGAGUUGAAAGACCUAGUCUGGGAAUGUGCUAGGUCAAGAACACGUAAUGAGUUCGAGAGGAACAUGAAAAGAGUAAAGGUCAUCAACGAGCAGGCUUGGCAGUAUCUUGAAAAGUGGUCGAAGGAAGCUUGGAGUAAGGCGUACUUCAGUGAGGAUCCUAAGAAUGACAACAUUUGCAACAAUGCUUGUGAAUCAUUCAAUGCUAAAAUAAAGCAUGAAAGGACCAAGCCGAUUUUGACUUUGGCUGAAGAGGUUAGAAGAAUAAUCAUGAAGAGCAUGGUCGAUAACAAACUGAAGUUGAGCACUUAUCAAGGAAUUCUACCCCCAGUUCAGCAAAGCAGACUAGAAGCCAUGACAAAGUUAUCUAGUCGUUGGUCUCCCCAAUGGUGCGGGGAUGAUAAAGAGGAGUUGUUUGAAGUACAUGGCUGGCCCACAAACAUGGUGGUAGACUUGGGAAAGCACACUUGCACCUGUCGGUUCUGGCAACUCACAGGGAUGGCAUGUAUGCAUGCAAUUUCAGCCAUUCAAGACAAAAAUGGUAAGAGGACUGAGGAGUAUUGCCAUGAGUUGUUGACAAUGGAGGCGUAUAAAAGGACAUACUGUUUCAAUGUUAACCCGGUGAAAGGACAAGAUUUGUGGGAGAAAACAUCCUCACCUGCCCCUGUUCUACUCCCAAUUAAGCCAAAACCUGGCAGGCCUACCAAGAAGAGGAGAAAGGACAAGGGAGAGCAGCCAGUUGGGUCAAGCACCAAUAUGAAGUGGAAGUACAACCCAAUUAGGUGCAUGUAUUGUGGUGAAGUUGGACAUAACAAGCGAAGCUAUGAGCCAAACACCAACAAUGAAGUUCAAUCACAGUCUCCCCCUCCUCCCCUAGUCCAGCCACAACCGGCUGUGGAAGUCAACCAACCAGGAGGAACCCCACCAAUGCAAAAUACCCAACUGCCUGUUCAAGACCUUCAGGGUGCAAAGAGAGGCAGACCACCCAAAUUGCAUGUCAUCAAAAGCAAGGCCAGAUCGAAUGCCUCCACACAGUCACCUGUGGCCAUAUCUGCUGAGGCAUUAAAAGGAACAACUUCCGCAACUGCAAAGAAGAUGCAACCUUCAUGA